GUUUGGUAUUGUGUUGUGUGAAACUGCAAAAAUAUUGAUUAAUAGAAUAACUUUAUUGUAGAUUUACAAAAUAUUGUACUAGUAUCUUAAAGUAAAUAAGGUGAAUAAUAUUGCUCUGUUGAUUUGCAUUGUUGCGAGAAGUUAUCAAAAAUGAAUUUAUCAGGAAAGACCAAUAUAUAUAUUUAGGAGUUUCAUAUUUAAGAUGGCUGUUAAAAAAUGUUGUGUAGAAAACUGUAAUUCUUCCUCAACGAGAAGAGAAGAUAUUGGUGUAACAUAUCACAAGUUCCCAAAAGAUAAGAUAUUGCGUGAAAAAUGGGUAUUAGUUACACACUAUAUGCACACAAACACAGCUCACUCUACCUAUGUGUGCUCACGACACUUUUGUAAAAGUGAUUUUCAAAUUUAUCAGGACUCGCGCUAUGUUCUUAAGUCAGAUGCCGUUCCGUCAAUAUUUUCUUGGACCAUGACAGACUUUAAAACAGACAAAAACAUGGAAACACCAAGCCCCACCAAAGAUGUUGAUGAGAAGUUAAACUUAUCAUCUAGCAGCAAAGAAUCUGAAGGUGAAAAUGUGGAGGCUAUAAAAAAAUAUAUAGAAGAUCAAGAAAAAGAAAUAAAGGAUAGAGAAGGUCAGAAAGACUUUGACAAAGCUCUAGAGAAGAUAGAAGCAGCACAAAAUGAUGAUAUAAUCAAUCAAAUGGAAGUGAUAGAGCAAGGAGAUCCUAUUGUUAUAGCUACUAGUGUUAUGGAUAUGAUUUUAAGUGAAUCCGAAGCAAAAAUUGCAAACAAUAAAGACAUUAAAACUCUUACAAAACAUAGCUUAAGUCCUAAAGAGAAAGGUAAUAGUAGUAUGGCCUUAUCAGUGGGCUCGAAGGUUGAGGUGAAGGAUUUUGGUGAUAUCUGGUAUGCCGCUGAGAUAGUCGAAGUUGAUUACGAUGAAAUGGAAGUAUUAGUGCACUAUAAUACUGUAUCUACGAAGCACGAUGAAUGGAUAAAUGUCAGUAGUCCCAGACUAAGGCCAAUGACUACCAAUACUUCACCAAUUCCCUCGAUAUCUUCAGCUGUCCAAGAUCCAACUCCUGCAGAUGUUUCUGAAACUUUUAAGGACGAAGUUAAGCAAGAAGACAAAACUAAAAUUGAAUUUGUAGUGGGAGAAAGAUGUUUGGCACGUUGGAGAGAUAAUCGAAGAUUUAUCGCUACAAUAUCUAAUGAUCUGGGAAAUGGCCAUUACGAGGUUAUUUUUGAUGACGGUUUUCAAUGGAAGUGCAGUACAUCAAGGUUGUAUAAAUUGAAGUCUACUUCAGGAAGAGCAGGAAGUUCUGAGUGUCUUACUAUUGACACGUCGGUGUCCUCAACAGCUUCAACUCCAUCUCCAACUCUAGCUGGUGCUGGACCCACUGUUGCAUCUUCUCCAAGUGCUCACGCAACAUUUCCUAUUUUCCAUACCCACCUGUUUGAUCCCACCCGUGAUUAUUUAGGUUCAAAAAGUGAACGACGCGAAAUGAAAAGGAAAUUAAAUAUUAAAGAAAUUUUCAAUAUUGGUCAGAAGAAACAAAGGAAAAAAACAAAAAUACCUGAAGAGAAAGUUGAUACUAAGAUUGUAAGUGAAAAGAAACCUAAAGUUUUAAAAAGUACAAUUAAACCUAAACCUAUAGAAGAACUUAAACUUGACGUCAAGAUGGAUAUACCAGAUGCAGUAGCUUCCAUCAUAGGGACUGUUGCUAAGGAAGAUGUUAGUGAACCAAUAAUCACUGAUGAGAAAACUGAGACUGUUACAACACAAUCACCUGAAACGAAACCUGAAGAUGUCAAAGAAGAGCAGGAAAUUAAAGUUAAUAAAGAUGAACCAGUUGAUAUCGGUACAGUAGGUAGUAACUCAGAUCUUGUAGUACCUAGAGAUUUAGGAUUGGAGUCAAAUGAAUAUGUUGAACCGGUCAUAGAUGAAGAAGUAAAAUUGGAAAAAUUCGAAAAACCAGAUGACAGUAAACAAGAGGUUAUCGAGAAAAUGAAAGUCGUUAUAAACAAACUCGAAGAUGGUUUGCAUCAAAUGGAAAAGGUCGAUUCGCCCAAACCAGUAGUAAAAUUAGAACCCGUCAUAGAAAUGAAGCCCGUAAACGAAGUUGAUACAAAAGCGGAUAUGGACAAAGAGAAGUCUAAGAAACUAUCUAAAAUAAAGAAAAAUAAGAAAUUGAGAUUGUUACAGGAGAAGAAGGUUAAGAAGCAGGUAGAGAAGGUGAAAAGCGAGCUGGAAGAGAUGAAACGGCAAGUCGAGGAAAUGAGGAAACAAAUGUUAUUGAAGACUGAGGAAUUAGCAACACCAACCAGGCCCCUUGAAAUGCCGGAAAGCUUCUUGUUGCCGGGCGAAUGGUGUUGUAAGUGGAUAAAUGGUCAGCCAGCCGGUACCGUCAGUGAAAUUGAAGCCGAGGUUAAGGAUGCCAGCAAAGUGCCGUUACCACGUAGGAGUGUGCAGGUUGAAGAUAAAAGAUUACCUCCGGGCUGGACGAAGCACAUGGUGCGACGAAGUCUGGGACAAUCGGCUGGCAAAUGGGAUGUGGUUUUAGUUGGACCUGAUAAUCGUCGAUUCCACACUAAAACAGACAUGCGGGCCUUUUUAGAGCACACAUCGGAUGAAUCGCUGAAACCUUACGAAUUUGCAUUGUUAGAUUUCGGUGUACAUCUCAAGUUGUCGAGACGUAUGGGGUGGGUCAGUAACACCGACGAAGGGCUGAUGCCAGCGACUGGUGUUAAUUCGUUGUCACCGUUGCUUAAGAAAAAAAAGAUAAGCCAUAAAAGAAAGGAAAAGAAAGAGAGGAAGCGGAAAAAGCAAAAGAUUUUUUCGGUCGAUGCACCCAGUACCAGUAGUCAAGCAUUACUGGAUUUAUCAGAAGCAGCAACGGAUGUUUCCUUCGAGAAUCCCCCUCUAGAAGAUGGUUAUGUAUACGUUGGAUCGUUGAAAGUCCAGAUUAUAGACAACUUGCUACGCUGCCCGGCCGAAAAUUGUUUUAAGAACUUCAGAAAUAAUACGCUAUUGCAAAUGCAUAUAAAGCAUUAUCACAGGGAACUGAGGAAAAUGUUAGGAGCAACACCCAAAGUGCUAGAUUUAGCUAGAGAAAGGACAAAACCAACUGAUAUAGAAAUACCUAAACCACGACACGAACCAGAAUCAAAGAUCAUCAAAGUCAAAUUACCGAGACUACCAAGGCGCAUUGAAGAGGCAAAAGUAGAAAUCAAACCUAAAAAAGAGGAGACGCUGGCUGAACUUCAUAUCGAUAUACCAGUAGCAGCUCCGACUAAAACAAAUUCACCAGUACCAAGAUCUCAGGAUUCACCAAAGCUCCGUCAGGCACUGGCAAAUAAACCAGUGAAAAGACCGAAAGUGUUGCUUCCUGUUCGGAGACCAGAUCCUGAACCGGAUAUAGAAAAGGAAACCGAAGUACCAAAUCUAGAUUACGAUGAAGCUGUUAUUGAUACUGAAUUUGAAAGGCCAGUGGAAUGUUUGGAUUUUGAAUCAGAAAUAUCUACACAUACAGUUACGAAGCCGUUUGAUGAUGAUAUACGAAAGAAGUUGGACAACAAACGCAAAUGUUUUUCAACAGUAUCUAGAAGACCGAUGAGUGAAGAAGACGAAUGGUACGGGGUCAAUUCUGAUAUGGAGACCAGGUCGAGCUUUCCGGGUUCCGGGACGCCGGAUUCCAAAACCAUGGACAAAACAAUAACUCAGCAAGCGGUAUCGUCAGAGUCUAACAAUGAAGAUCAGAAAGAAACCAACAUGUACAUGUACACGGAAAGUGGGGAAAGAAUAAAGAUUGAGCAUAUGAAACGCGAAGAAAUAAUUAAUUGUCACUGCGGCUUCCGUGAAGAGGACGGCCUGAUGGUGCAGUGCGAGCUGUGUCUCUGCUGGCAACAUGCCCUCUGCCACAACAUACAGAAGGAAUCCGAGGUCCCUGAAAAGUACACAUGUAGUAUUUGCCUUAACCCAAGGCGCGGUCGGCGUUCCAAAAGAUUCCUCCACGACCAGGAUCGCUUAUACGAAGGACUGCUCCCAGGGGCAAAGCCCUGCGAAUCUCUUCGUAGAUCGCACGAGCUAUCUGGAAACUUAUUGCGGAUCCAGGAUGCCUUGCAUGCUCUAAGAGUCAAGUACUAUGUUGCUACUAAAAAAGAUCAUCCUAAGUUAUAUCUGUGGGCUAAAGAUUGGGAGAAUACCGAAGUAACCUUCACUCAAGAGAGACUCAACUCGGACUACACAGACCUCAACAUCAUGUUAAAUAAUAUAGGCAAGGAGAACUUACCAGUGAAACCGGAAGAAGUUAAAGAUGGACAUUUGGACAUGAGGACGCCGAUUAUCGAAGACCCUGAUCAAGAUAGAUUUAUUCAGAAUACAUCAAAUUCAUUGCUGAAUUUGACGACGACUUUAUCUAGUCCGAGCGGUGGACCUUCUCUGGAUUUGCCGAUAACUACAUCGGAAUUAGAAAGACUGGCAAAAUCUGUCCAAGAACAAGAAGUGCCAAGAAACGUAAUAGUACCCCAGCCAGAAGCUGCGAUAGAAAACAGUGCGUGUCGCGAGCGGUUACUGCGUCACGUGCAGCGCUGCCAGGCGCUGAUUGAUGCGAGACUCGACUCCUUUGAAGCGCAGGUUGCUGAGCUGGAGUCUCAAGAUCCAUCAUUUGAAGACGAUGAAACAGCCGAUUACUUCCCUCGAACUAAACAGACCAUACAAAUGCUUAUGCGUGACCUCGACACAAUGGAAGAACUUGGUAUUAUUACUUAAAGUUAAUCCUGCAUAUAUCAAAUGUCUAGUCUUUUUCUGUAGCAAGUUCUAUGAAAUGUUUUGUUUAUAAAAUUGAAAUUAAUAGCAAUAUGUGCAUGGAGUAUGAUAGUGAGGGAAGAUCUUGUUAUUUAACACUUCACAAUAAAUAUUACUGAAUAUUAAAAAUAACACAUGUUAUGAAUUAUAACGAGUA